AUGUCCAAGAAAGCAGGCACUCCUGCUUACGCGCCGGUCUACGUGGAGAGCAAGCUCUUAAAGCUUGACGACGUGUCGGUCGCCCAUGAUUCCGGCCAUCGGGACGUCGAUGAGGAUCGUGUCCUGGAGUUGUAUGAGAAGGUGAUUUUGGCCGGUCGUUGGGGCCAGGCUUCGUUGUCCCGACCGAAGCUGAGGUAUGAUCCUGCUGGUCGUCCUAUGGCCGCAUCUGAUGGCCGGUCGAAGCUGGCAGAUGGCAAGCACUGUAUCGCAGCGUUGAAGAAAGCUGCUGAGACGGUCGCUCAGUCCGAUGAUGCAACGCAGCUCGAGUGGUACACAGGUGAGAUCAAGGACAUUCUGACGGUCGGAAUGCGUUUUGAUUGCAUCAAAUUCUCGGAUGAUGAUGAGGCGGCGGUCAAGCUCUUCUACACCAUGGCCCAUGAGCAGGAGGCCAACAAGUUGCGGACGACGUCGGUCGAGCACAAGAUCAAACUUGUGCGUGCUUAUGUCGCCAAAGACGCCGAGAACGCCAUGGUGGAAAUUUUGGGCAAGUCACGCCGGUCAACAAUCCACAACUGGUGCAAAGCGACUGCAGUGUUAAAAGAGCCGGUCCUGAUCAAGCUGAAGGAGAAGCCCGACCUGCCACAGGGACUUGUUUUCACGAACAAGUACUUCGUCGGUCAAGGAGAAGAGACACGCUUCCUCCUGGAACCCGAGCAGCAGAUUGCUGCUCUGCAGCUUUUCUAUGACUUCUGUGACGGUCGCGGGACGGUCUCUUCCAUACCGACCUUCAUGUCUGACUUUUGUGCCCCAAUGUUGAAGGCACAGUUGUGGUGUCAGUUGGUCAUGAAGAAGUACUCGUCGGUCGUGAGCCGCCUACCAGCGUAUGACCGCUGUCAGAAGAUGCUGUGGAGUGAGCGUGGACGGACGUGCAUGCGUCUUGGCGUCGGUCUGUCUGGUGACCCGAAGAUCGAGGGCAGUGGCAUCCCUGAGUGUGUGUCGGUCCUCCAAGGGUUGAAGAAUCUGGCCGCUGGUCGUGCAGUGGAUGAAGCCGAAAGUGCUGUGGAUGCGGCCAAAGCAACGGUCACAGAGCACAAGCUGGUCGUUGAGGGGGGAGACGACGAGUCUGGGAUCUUGGCUGACGACAGCACGAUGGAGGCCCCACUGGUGGAGAAGGAUCCUGUUCUUGAAAAAGCUGAGGAGCUCGGCUUGUCGGUCCGCUCCAACAUUCAUCUGUUUCAUGACAUGAAGACCUUUGGUGAUGGCUUCGUCGGUCUAUGCCGGGCGACGACCCGUGGCGGCAUUUACAUCGAUGAGGCCACGUCGAAGGCCAAGAUCAUUUUGGGGGACAUGGCAGAGUUGUGGAAGGUCGUCACGUCGGUCGUAGAUCGGCAAUACGUGUCCAUGGGCAUCUUCUGUGGAAAGCGCCACGACUUAGUGACGUUGGUCGUGACAGGGACGGUCGACCCUCCAUUGAAGCGCCUUCGAGUCAAAACCUUCUUGAAAAACUUAGAUCAGAGCCGGUCGCGAUGGAAGCAGAUGUCAAAAAAGGAGAAACAACCCUUUGUGGACGCGGCGGUCAAGGAUCACAGAAAGCACAACGCCCUCAAGAGGGAGCUCGCUCAUCCUCCAGUGGAAGUCGACUCGCCGGUCAGAGACCCGAAGCCUGAGAAUGAUAGUGACCAGCAGCCACCGGUCGAUGAGAACCUCGUCAAUGAAUUGAGGUUCUCCUUUGAAGGCAUGGCACUUUCCAGUCGGUCGACCCUGGGACAAGGCGCCCAUGGCACAGUUUGCCGCUGUGAAAACUUGAUGGGAACGGAGUUCGCAGUGAAGUUGCCGGUCGGCAGCAGGGACGUGAAGAGGGAGCUAGACGUUCUCCUCAGUCUACGCCACCCAACCAUCCUGCAUUGUUAUGGGCCAGUCAUGUCGGUCGACGGAGGUCUCGUGGGCCUUCUUUUGGAGUAUGUGCCGGUGACAUUGGACGCUUGGCUGAAGACGCAGCCCAAGGCCGCAAAGUGCCCACACAAAUGGCAUCUGAUGGUCGAUCUUGCACAUGGACUCCAGGCAGACUUCGGCCUCACUGAGCCGGUCGGGACAGCUGUCUAUGGUGACGAGGUGUACUCUGCAGCGUACAGACCUCCGGAGCUUAGCGGGUCACAGGAACCCGGUCGUAGCUUUGCUGUAAGGGUGAGGUUGGCACCCACAGCUGAUCUUUGGGCGGUCGGGUGUCUCUUGUUUGCGAUCUUCACAACAUCGACACUGUGUCAUUUGUUUGUCACAGUGAAGGUGCUGUAUGACAUGUCCUUCAUCAAUUCCCGAAUUGAUAAGAACGUGCCGGUCGUCUCUGGCGCUCAAGAAGACAUAAGAGCUUUCUUGAAAAAGCUGCCGAACGAGCGACAGCAGCUGAGGCUUUUCAUUAUUGCUGCAGAGGCGUACGUCAUCACCUUCACUGCCGGUCCAGAACAGUCCCGGAAUCGUCGACCGACUUACAUGGUCUAUUCACAGUCGGAGUUGUCGGUCUCUGCGAAGGAGGUGGUGCCGAGCCAUGUGACUGUCAACAAAUGCCGGUCAUUUGCCUAUGAGAAGUUACAGAUGCGCUGCACCGACUACAAUUGCAAGCUCAGGCCGUGCAAACCCAUGACAGACAUGCCGGCCCAUCCCACAGAGGAGUUGCCGGUCAGUGACCAAGAGCAGCCAGAGGAUAGCAAGACGUUGGACACCACAGAGGAAGCCGGUCCUGACACACAGGCGGUCGAAGCGUCCGUCGACAAGAAGUAUCCUGUGGAUUUGUGGUUGGUGGCCAAAUGCUGGGAUCACCAUGCGUCGGUCGUGCGAGAAGUCUUCCGUGGUGAUCAGUGCAGGUGGAUGGCGGUCUCCACACGCACAGCCCAUCCUUCCAUCUUCGUUGGGGUCCAGUCGGUCGUCUCCACAGUCAUAGGAAUGCAUGUUAAGCUCAGGCACUCCAUGGCACAUGGCCGAGUCUUGCUCGACGACAUGUGCACCGCCCUGAAACUGGAUGAAGCUAGCCGGUCAUUGAACUUGAAGCGCAAGGUGACACACAUCCCGUGUGUGCCGGUCUUUAACCCCUAUGCAGCAGAGGGCUCAGUGUUCAAGCUGUUGGAGAUUCCGGUCGAGAGCACCUGGCGAAAUGGUAUCAACAAGUCGGUUGCCAACUACAAUGACAUGGAGAAGAAAUGCAACGAUCUCACACAUGAGGAGCUGGUCAAGUAUGACCUGGGAUUGUCGGUCAUCGACGGUCAUGUUGCACUCAUCACGACUGUCCCUAAAAAGGAGGGGGACUUGAUAUGCACAUGCAGUGCUUUGCAUUUCGACAACAUGGCAAGCCUCUUGUCGGUCGUGAACUCCGACAAAGUGAACCUCGCCAAGAAUCCUGUGCUCAGGACGGACUGCGUCGGUUUGACAGAGGAUCGCUCCUCGUCGGUCUGGUCACUGUUAAUUGGGGCUGCUAGCCACGUCGCCCCGCUCAGUAAAGCCGCAAAGCGAGCAAACGCGGCCUUCAACUUUGACAUCAGCCAGGGCGCCUCUGACGGUCUCAUCGCAUUGGUCGUCAAGACACGGAAUGGGUGUGGCAUUGCUGCAAAGUCGGUCGUGUCGGUCGACCUGGGUCCAGACUAUGAUCCGUCACAAGCCACGCCGGUCGAGCUCGCUGCCAGCAAGAAGCAGUUCAUGGAUAAGUGGUUUCAGGAGCCUGUGAAUGAGCCGCCGGUCAAGGAAGAGACAACAGUGGAGCCAGCUGGCAAAAAGCCCCGAACCUCAGAGGCCAAGGCCAAGCCUUCGCCGGUCGCACCGGCUCCGGUCACUCCGGCUCCCGCUACUGGUCCAGUGCCGGUCGACAAGCCAGCCCCGUCUGCUGCAGCUGAGACUUCGCCGCCGGUCGUCAAAGCUGAUGUAACAGCCCCGGAGCCGGAGCUGAACCCUGCGUCGGUCGCCAAUUUCAUCGUGGGUGAUGCCACGUUUCGCUUGGACUUGCAGAACUUGAGGAUCCUUUUGCCGGUCGGAACCUCCACCAACAAGAGGCUGCCUCCAGGCACAAUUGUGUACACUCUGGAUUGCAGCGCCGGUCGUUUCCGCAAAAACUCCAGUGCUGUCGGUCUGGAGUACAAGCUGACCUCUUCGAAGGACAAGGUCAUUGUCAAUGGGAAGCAAGUGACGGUCGCAGACGCGGUCGCCAGCCUCAAGUCGAACUCCGUUUGGGAGCACAUCCCGCCUUCCUUCACCCAAGGUUCCCUCCCAUCGGCCGGUCUGAAACCUAACCAGCAGAUGGUUUGGGUUCCAGGAGAUGACGCGUCGGUCGUGAUGGCCCAGCUCAACAAGGCCACGGAUGCUUCUUGGAGGUGGGUGAUGAAAAAUGGCAGCAAAGGGAGUCUCACGCCGGUCAAAGCUUGCCUAGUGAUCGACAAACAGCUGAUCAUUCCCGGCAAGCCGGGACAUCUCGGCUUGCUUGUCGGUCGCGAAGUCGGUCACUGA